UUAUUGAAGAAAUUGUCAUCUUUUUCUUUGAGUGACAAAAUGAUUUGUCCCCUUUCAGAUGUGUAGAAUAGGAAAAAAAAGAAAUAGAAGGAAGAAAACACCAAGCUUAGAUGAAAACGAAAGUACAACAACAUUUUUGGCACUUUAUCUGUGUUAACUUGGAAUGCAAGAAUGGUACUUAAUAGUUUUCUUCUUCUCCUAUAUGUCUUUCUAACUGAAAUAAAAUGGAAAAGAUUAGUUAUCUCCUCUGUUUCUGUUCCAUCUUCUCUAGCUCUGCUUCUGAAUUUAAAUUGAUGUUUCCUGUGAAAAACAAACAGUGGAGUUUGAAAGAAUCUACUUCAAGGCUUGGGAAUUUGAAAUUCAGAAGCCACAAAUCUCCAAUGGAAAAUGUUAUAGCUUCUCAAACCUUACGCGUUUUUGUAGCAACUUGGAAUGUAGGUGAAAAACCCCCUCACAGUGACCUGAAUCUUGACAAUUUUCUUCAAGUGGAGGAUCCAUCAGACAUUUAUGUUUUAGGUUUUCAGGAAAUAGUACCCUUAAACGCUGGAAAUGUGCUAGUUAUGGAAAACAAUGAACCAGCAACAAAAUGGCUAGCUCUCAUCAACCAGUCCCUGAAUAAAACUUCCAAAGAUUUGAAGGCCAAUGGUGGUCUACUGUUCUUCCAAAAGCCUUCUCUUAAAAAAGUUAGUAAAAGCUUCAGGACAGAAAAGGGAAGACGCCUCAAGAUUUGUAAUUGCCCUUCAGAUUUGGAAAGAAAAAAUAGUAAAGACUCCUGUUUUGGAUGCCAAGAAUCUUAUAUUUAUGAAGAUGAUUCAUCUUCCGAAGAAGACGAUGGUUCAAAUAGUUUCAUGAUGACAGGGAUCACCACUAACCAGCUGAAGUAUAGCCUCAUAGCCAGCAAGCAGAUGGUGGGAAUUUUUGUCACUGUUUGGGCAAAGAAGGAACUUGUUCAACACAUUGGACAUUUGAGACUCUCCUGUAUUGGGCGUGGAAUAUUGGGGUACCUUGGAAACAAGAUCCCAUGA